UGGAACAGCAAGCUAAAAAGCGAGAUCCGCAAUCUUGAAAGCCGGUGACGUUUUCGGUUGGGUGAAAUGUUUUUGGCCAAGUGUGUCCUUUUUUUGUUGCUGCCGAUAUUAUCCUGCCGUGGCGAAUUCUUCAGUUCCACUUCGGGUCUGGAGAAGUUGUUCCAAACGGAGGUUGUGCUCCUGGCAGAGCUGCAAAAUUAUGUGAAUGAAAUUAAUCAGCAUGCAGAAGCACUGCAGAGUGAGAUCGAUGCUAUCCGCGUGGAGCACCUGAAUGCCGCCGAGGGCAUCGAUGACUACCUCAACAAUCCGGUGAACGCUUUUCGACUGAUUAAACGCCUCCACAGCGAUUGGGAGACCUUCGAGGGCAGUGUUUCAUCAGACUCAAGUCGCUCAAACUAUCUCGAAGCCAUGGCCGGAUAUAAGGAAAAUCUGAGCUAUCCUUCACAGGAUGAUUUCGUGGGAUCGGCAAUCGCUUUAACUCGACUUCAGCAGACAUACCAACUGGAUGUGGCCGAAUUGGCCAGUGGAAGUCUAAACGGCGUUAAAUAUGGAACGGCCAUGUCCUGGCAGGACUGCUUUGUGCUCGGCCAGCACUUGUAUGCUUUGAGGGAUUACAAUCACACGGUGCCGUGGCUGCAGCAGUCGAUGCAGUUGCUCGGGGAACAGUCCUAUGGCACGGAAUCCGCAUCCCUGGACUUCAUGGAGGCGGUGGUGGACUAUCAUCGGGAGAUGGGUGCCCACGAGAGUGCUUUGAGACUAGUGAACCACGUGCUCUCCAUAGAACCAGACCAAAGGAGUCAUCUUCUAGAAUCUCGUCGGCGUUUGGAGCAACUAAUCACCGAUGGAGACAAAAGUGGAUUGCUUCAUGUGACAGCACGAAGACCUGGGGACUACCAUGAGUCCCGGGAGUUUCGUAUGUACGAACAGGUGUGCCGUGGUGAGUUGGGUCCACUGCCUUCCAAACAACGACAACUCCGUUGUCGCCUAAGGAAAAGUCGCUUUGGCUAUGCUCCGUUUAAGUUGGAGGAACUGCACUUGGAUCCGCCAGUGGUGCAGCUGCAUCAGGUGGUUAGCUCCAAUGAUUCGGAAUUCCUGCAAAGGACUGCCAGACCCAGGAUUAAAAGAUCCACUGUAUACUCGCUAAGCGGAAAUGGGGCAUCAACUGCAGCCGCUUUUCGCACCAGCCAAGGGGCCUCCUUCAACUACUCCAGGAAUGCAGUAACCAAACUGCUAAGCCAGCAUGUGGGUGACUUAUCAGGCCUGGAAAUGGAAUACGGCGAGGAUCUGCAGGUGGCCAACUAUGGCAUCGGUGGUCACUAUGAACCACACUGGGACAGCUUUCCGGAAAACCACAUUUACCAAGAGGGGGAUGAUACCGGGAAUCGAAUUGCCACGGGCAUAUAUUACCUCUCCGAUGUUGAAGCUGGUGGUGGUACCGCAUUUCCCUUUUUGCCCCUUUUGGUGACACCAGAAAGAGGUAGUCUGCUCUUCUGGUACAAUCUUCAUCCUUCUGGUGAUCAGGAUUAUCGAACAAAACAUGCCGCCUGUCCCGUUCUUCAGGGCAGCAAGUGGAUUGCCAAUGUCUGGGUGCGAGAACGUCAUCAGGAUCAUGUGAGACCCUGUGAUUUGCAAAGGAACCAAGAAAUCUCAUUGCCUUACAGGGACUUUGACUGAUGCACUUUUAUAUUGAUUAAGCAACCUAUACAACACUCAUUAAAGUAAGAUAUUAAUUUAUUAAA